GCGAUUUUCGUGUUCGCUCUGUGCGAUUCUUUCUGCUCUACUUUAGAUUUUCGAGUGCGGCUCGGCUCGGCUCUCUCUCCGAUUUGGAUUCUGAUUUGGGAAUACCGACGACAGUCAUAUGAUGGACGUAACGCGUAACGUGUCGUAACGACAAUCGGCUCUGGGGCUGUAUCGGGCUGCUCCUCCACCGUACCGAUCUCAUCCGCGCAGCCAAGCCGGCCAUCCGUCCCGAGUGUCGAGUGAAAUCUCCUCUAAGAAAACUGAGCUAAAAAAAUCUCUGAAAAAGCUGAGCAAAAAACUGAGCUUGGAAGAUCGGAGCCCGUGCCGAAAUCAGAGCGUUGCCGUUGCCGCACCCGGACAGCGCCGCAGCAGCGCUGCGACAGCGACAGUGGCAGUGGCACUGACUGCUGGGGAACAGACGUGAGCUGGGGAGAAUUUUCAUUUAAAUCAAAUCGACGUCACCGUCACCGUCAGUCACCGUCACCGUCACCGUUAACAAAAAGUGUCAACCCAUAGCCUGCAGCGCUUCAAUUCAGCGUGCGCCGCUUAACGGUAACGGUCCUGCUCGCGAUCGCUCGCUCCCGCAAUUUUUGUGGAAUUUUGUUGUUUUUUUUUUUGCAGUACUGCUCCUCCCGUUGCUACGUGUGUGUGUGUGUGUGUGUAUAUGUUCCCUCUUGCCAGUGUGUGUCGCGAUUUCCACUCGCGGAGUUAGCGAAAAGAAAGGCACAAGGAGACGAAGAACCAGAGAUCGCGCAAGAAAUUGAAAAGCAAAGGAAAAAAGAAACGGUGAACGCAAAGUCAACGGUAAAGCAGAAAGAGGAAAGAGAAUAAAAAGUGCUGUCGUUUUUUUUUGUCUGCUUUAAACGCACAAACAUACAUACAUUUCUGAGUGACAGAUAGAGCGCCGACGACGGCAUGUCGCCCAAUCGAUGGAUUCUGCUGCUGAUCUUCUACAUUUCAUAUCUGAUGCUCGGUGCUGCCAUCUACUAUCACAUCGAGCACGGCGAGGAGAAGGAGACACGCAAGGCGGAUCGCGCAGAGCGCGUCGAGAUUCAUGCAUAUCUGGUGGAAGAGUUGUCGGACAAGAAUGUGAGCACACAGAAUGAGAUACUCGAACGGAUAUCGGAGUACUGCGGCAAGCCGGUGACGGAUGUCGAGAAGGAUGAGCAUGAGGUGCCAUUCACGUGGACCUUCUACCAUGCCUUCUUCUUUGCCUUCACCGUCUGCUCAACGGUGGGCUAUGGCAACAUAUCACCGACCACAUUCGCGGGUCGCAUGAUAAUGAUUGCAUAUUCGGUGAUCGGUAUACCCGUCAAUGGCAUACUCUUUGCGGGUCUGGGCGAGUACUUUGGACGAACGUUUGAGGCCAUCUAUCGGAGGUACAAGAAGUACAAGAUGACCACGGACAUGCACUAUGUGCCGCCGCAGCUGGGUCUGAUCACCACCGUUGUGAUUGCCUUGGUGCCGGGCAUAGCUCUGUUCCUGCUGCUGCCCUCGUGGGUCUUCACCUACUUCGAGAACUGGCCGUACUCCAUUUCGCUGUACUACAGCUAUGUGACGACCACAACCAUUGGAUUCGGUGACUACGUGCCCACCUUUGGGCCCAAUCAGCCGCGCGAAUUUGGUGGCUGGUUCGUGGUCUAUCAGAUCUUUGUCAUCGUUUGGUUCAUCUUCUCGUUGGGCUAUCUAGUCAUGAUCAUGACAUUUAUCACACGUUUUGUCGAAAGGGAAAUAGAGCGGAGCCGCAUAUUAAGAUUAGUAAGAUCCAGAAGGAGCAGAAGACUAGGUGGAGCAGGAGGUGGUGGGUCUGGCCCUGUCUAUACGGAUAUGGAGUUUGCUUAUACAAUGCCACGUUCCGCCUCGUGUCCGGAGUUGAGCAUGUACCGCGUGGAGCCGGCACCGUUGCCCAGCAGGAAGCGCGCCUUCUCCGUGUGCGCCGAUUUGGCAGCGGCCCAGGAUGCGGCAGCGGCAUCCGCAACGAUGAUCCACGCCAGCUCCGACACGGAGCUGAGCAAGCUGGAUCGCGAGAAGACAUUCGAGACGGCGGAGGCUUAUCGCCAGACCACAGAUCUGCUGGCAAAGGUUGUCAGUGCGCUGGCCACUGUGAAGCCACCGCCGGCGGCGGAAACGGAGGACCCAGCCCUCUAUGGGGGCUACCAUGGCUUCUCUGACUCACAGAUUAUGGCCAGCGAGUGGUCCUUCUCGACGGUGAAUGAGUUCUCGGCACCGCCGACACACCGUCGCCAGCGGGCACGCGCCUGUUCCGACUUCAACAUCGAUCCGCCGCACUGGAAGAGCGAGCGUCCGCUGCGGGCCUCGCACAACGAGUGGACCUGGAGCGGGGACAAUCAGCAGAUUCAGGAGGCAUUCAACAAUCGCUACAAGGGACAUGCGGCCAACGGUGGCGCCUCUUCGAUGGUGCACCUGGAGCCGGAUGCCCUCGAGGAGCAGCUCAAAAAGGGCGCCAACAGCUCGACACCCGGUGCCGGGCGCGUCAAGAAGUUCUCGAUGCCGGAUGGCCUGCGUCGACUGUUUCCCUUUCAGCGCAAGCGCCACUCGCAGGACUUGGAGCGGAAGCUGUCCGUUGUCUCGGUGCCGGAGGGUGCCACCGCCCUGCCCUCCUCCCGCUCGCCGCUCGACUACUACAACAACACGGUCACCGCCGCCUCCGGCCAGUCGUAUAUGCGGAAUGGUCGCGGUCCGCCGCCGCCGCCCUUCGACUCGAAUGGCAGCCUCGCCUCCGCCGGCGGCCUGACCAAUCUGGGCUUCCAUCUGGACGACUCGGAGCAGGCCUCGCUCCCGGCUGGAGCCGGAGCUGGAGCUGGCGGAGCGUACCAGCGUCGUCCGCCGGCAGCGGGCAAGCGGCGCCGCGAGAGCAUCUACACGCAGAAUCCCGCCAUUGCCGGUCGACGGGGCAGCAUGUAUCCGCCCACAGCUGCGGCGGCAGCCCUGGCCCAGGCCCAGUCUCAGUCUCAGUCUCAGAUGCGUCGCGGCAGCCUGGCCGUCAGCGGUUCGGGUUCGGCGGCAAUGGCAGCCGUGGCAGCCCGACGGGGCAGCCUCUUCCCGGCCACGGCCACGGGCACGUCCUCGUCGUUGGCCUCGAUGGGUGCGCCGCGUCGCUCGAGCAUCUUCUCGGUGACCUCGGAGAAGGACAUGAACGUGCUGGAGCAGACCACCAUAGCGGAUCUCAUACGAGCCCUCGAGGUGGUCCACACGCACGCCGUGCUGGAUGAGCAACAGCAGGCGGCGGCGGCGGCAUCAUCAGCGGGCGGCAACAGGCUGGGCGGCAGCCGAAAGCAACGCAAAAUGGGCAAUGCCGGCCUCGAUCCGCCCCAGCUGCCGCCCAUACUGUCGCUCUUUGCCGGCGAUCAGACGCGCUCCCUGCAAGCGGCUGCCGCCAAUCGUCUGUACGCUCGUCGCUCCACCAUUGUGGGCACCAUGUCGCCCAACGGCACAGGCAGAUCGAUACUGGAGCCACCGCCAAGCUACACGGAGCGGGCAAGCGCUCAGAACCAGAUGCAGAAUCAAGGUGCGGCCGCCUCAUCGACCCCAGUUUUGGGCUCGAGCACAAGCAAGUUCCGACGCCGCUUCAGUGUGCGGCCAACGGCGCUGCAGAUACCACCGGGCCAAGCGCCGCCACCUGGUGCCAGCCUGAUUGAGCAGUCCGCACUGCAGCGUCGCCUCUCGCUGCGCCCCUCGCCGCUGGCACGCGAACUGUCGCCCACAACGCCCCCAGCAGGAGGAGGCGGAGGCAACAACAACACUGGCAACACAGCGGCGGACGAGGCAUCAGCCACGCGACUGCUGCCCCUGCCAGUGGGUGCCAGACCCAGCACCAGCAGCACCCACUCACCGCUGUCGAGAAUUGUGCAGAUCUCGCAGGCGCAGCGAAAGAGCAGCAUGCCCACAGCGCCGGCUGCGCCUGGAGCGGCAGGAUCAAGCGCCGCCGGAGAGAAGUAAUAGCCAGAGUGGCAGUGCCCAUACCCAUCCGUAUCCCCACCCAUAUGCAAGUGAUUGUCUAUCCAACUGUCUGUCGAUAAGGAAUAGAGUCCUUUAGCUGUUAUUAUUAUUGUUAAACAAACGAAAGAGUUGUACGAUCUGUUAUCCUAAUGUUAUGUACUCCUCGCUACUCCUAAUCCGCUCUUUGCUUUUUUUUUUGUGUUAUCUUAUUGUUUAUAUUUAUAUGUAUUUAUCGUCUAUACCAUAUACCAUAUACCUAUACCAUAUACUAUGUACUCUGUGUACGCAUAAUGCUAAGAAGGGGCUUAUAUGAACAAAAACACGUCUACAAAAUCCAACAUAUUCGAAAGGAUCUUUAUGAACGAUUCCAAUACAUAAAUAGAUUUAGUUUCACAUUUAAAAUGUUUAUUCCUAAAACAUAUUAAUAUGUGGUAAUAAACAUUGUCAUAUACCAGUGCAAA